UAUUUGAUGGAUGCGCUGCUAACCACAGAAGAAACUAGGCGAAUCCAUGCUGAAGCCCGAGCACACCUGAGAGCGCAGGGAGUGCAGGAUCCAGCUAUGGCAGCAGGAUAUCCAGAAAACACCCCGAAUUGGAAUUAUCAGACUGUUGAUGGCCAGAACAUCCUCACUACCUACCGCCAGAAUGUGUUAAAUGGUAUGAGAAGGGCAGCUAGGAAACCCACCAACUUUGUGAAGGUUAGAGAGGUAGUGCAGGGGAAUGAAGAGGCCCCAGGAGCAUAUUUAGAACGCCUGAAGGAAGCCUACCGCCAGUAUACUCCUGUGGACCCAGAUGAGGCUGCCAACGCCCCUAUCAUAAAAGCUGCCUUUGUGGCCCAAGCGGCGCCCGAUGUCCGCCGAAAGAUUCAAAAACACGAGGGGUUCAUGGGCCACACCCUUGAGUGGAUGUUAGAACUGGCUCAAACCACUUAUAAUCAGAGGGAGGAAGAGGCACAAAAGAAAAAGGAGAAGUAUCAAGCAAAGAAGUUGAUGGCGCUACAGGCUACCGCACCCACCCCUCAGGAAAGAGGAAGUGCCCGGGGAGGAGGGCAAGGCCGUCUGGGGAGGAACCAGUGCGCCAUCUGCCGGCAGGAAGGGCACUGGAAAAGAGAAUGCCCACAAGCUCACUCAGGUGGAGGAGGACGAGGAGAGCGAAUCCCAGGCCCAAUCCCCGUGGGACCUGGACAAGAACUGA